AUGAGUACUCUUUGUGUACCAACAGUAAAAACUGAAAUUGUUCGUCCAAUUGCUUGUAAAAAUACUUCUGAACUUCUUAAAAUGGUUGAUAGUUGUACUUCUGCCAGUGUUGCAAGUUAUUCUCUUAUUGAAGAUUAUACCCAACACAGACCUGUUAUUCUUGAACGACCUGAAGAUCCAAUUGCUAAUGAAUUAACUAAUGAAGAAAAUGAAGAAGUAAGUGAAGAAAAUAAUGAAGAACAAAAAAAUGUUAUUAUUCAACAAAGUCCAACUACAAUGGAUAUAAAUGAUGGAUGUUUUGAUUAUCCAUUUUGA